UAAUGGUGGUGUCCAUUGCUCUUCGUCCUCAUCGCUUAUUGGUUGCGAUUCCUGCGGAGGCUCUUCUCUUGUAUCAUCUUCUUCAGUAUCUUCUACUGUUUCUUCAUGUAACUCAUUACUUUCUUCUGGUAACGGAGCUUCCCAUUGCUCUUCGUCAUCAUCGGUUAUUGUUUGUAAUUCAUGUUUUUUAUCUUCUUGCAUAUCUUCUUCCGCAGUACCUUCUUCGAUAAUCGUUGGUUCUUCGUUCGCCUCAAUAUUUUCUUCGAUAUUUUCUUCUGGUAAUGGAGGUGUC